CCACGAGCCCCCAUAGCGCUCCGUUACAGCUGCCUGCAACUCAACUUAGUGAGAAAAACUCAGGGAGGAUUCAGUGUAGCUGCUGCCAAACAUCAGGAGUUCUACGACAAACCUUAACGCUGAUCAUGUUCUGCGUGCCUCGCUUAGGAACCCUGAACCAACGGCCAUUACUCUUACCAAACCUAUCAUUGGUGGUGAUUCAGCUAAUUGGAUGCUGACAUCUUUGAAUAGGCGAUAGAAGAAACUGUGAGGACAAUGGGUGGGAAGCAAUCUCGCGGUUUCUCCAGCAAGGAGCUGAAUGAGGUGAGUGAUCGUCAACGAAGCAAAAGCACUUCCAGAGAUGACCAGCCCAGCCUGUCCUCAGCUGCUGAGAGGUUCCGCAGACACACCACGGUGCACUUUGGCUACAACACCCUCAGCUUGGCCAUGCGGGCGCUUGUCGAGACACCCUCUGAGCUGUGGGAGCUCCGGGAACUGCAGAAGCUAAACUUGUCCAUGAACUGCCUGAGCUCUCUGCCCCCUGCCCUGGGAGCUCUGGACAAUCUUGUGAUCCUCAACUUGUGGGGGAACAACCUGUCCAGCCUGCCGGUGGAGAUCAGCCUCCUGAAGAAGCUGCGCGUGCUCUUCGCCUGUCGAAACUGCCUGACCGAAGUCCCAGAGGAGCUGGGGCGCUGCACCCGCCUGGAGGUGCUCAGCCUGGCCAACAACCAGAUCACAACCCUCCCCAACAGCUUGGGGGCCAUGCACAAUCUGACCAAACUCAACCUCAGCCACAACCGCAUCGCUCACAUCCCCACCUGCGUCUACAGCUUGAAGGGCCUGGUCUUUCUUCACCUGGCUUGCAACCGCCUGGAGACCAUCGCGGACCAGGUCCAGGACUUAGUUAAUCUGAAGAUCCUCAUCGUGGAGGGGAACAGUAUACACACGCUGCCUAAGACACUGUGCUUCCUGGAGUCUUUAGAACUCCUCAAUGUUGACUUCAAUGACCUGCAAAAUGUGCCCAUGGAAUUGUACCUACUCAGCAGACUCGGGAGGUUGGCCUGCCACCCGCUGGAUAAAGGACUUCAUAUUAUCCACAACCCCCUCCUCAAGCCUAUCAAGGAGGUGCUGCAAGGAGGUCUCAGUGCCCUCUAUAACUACCUCAAGCCCACGUGAGGGACUACUGUGUGUGUGUGUGUGAGUGUGUGAGUGCGUCUAAAAGAGUCAUAAUGUGAUGUUGGCACAGAUCUGACUCCUGGCACAUGCUAGUC